GUUAAACCCGAGUUUAUUAAAGAUACAAACCUAAUCUCCGGAUGAGAGAUGCAGUGCACGACAUGCCUUCUCAUGAGUAUUCAUACAGACGUAUCCGUAGCCGUGGUGAGUAGAACAAUGUGACUUAGUUUCCGCAACAGAAAGAUCAAACCCGGAAUGUGUUUGCAUCCAAGGCUCGUCCACUACCAAGGCCACUCAGUAAUUUUACUUUUUGCGAGUAUUUAGUGUUUUCUCUUGUCUAUAUAUAUGGUUACUAAAAAUAAUCAAUUGAUCAUUCGCUACAUCUCGGUAUUUUAGUGAUCUUUCUUGUUCUUCCCACCACUACCAUUCUUUCUCUCAUUCUUGAAUUACAUGGAAGAAAAAAGAAAAGUUGAUCAUGAAAUUGGUUUUGAUUUUACAAAAUUCCCACCCUCUAAGUGGGGUGAUCACUUUCUUACUGUGACCGUCACUGACUCGGAUCUUGAUGCUCUUGCAAAAGAAAUUGAGGUACUAAAGCCUAAAGUGAGGGACAUGCUAAUUUUGUAUUCGGAAGAUGAUGGAGAGGCGACGAAGAGGAAAAUUCUUAUAAUUCAUUUUCUAGUCACUCUUGGUCUGGCAUAUCAUUUCGAGAAUGAGAUUGAACACAUAGUGAAAGUUGCUUUCGAGAAGAUAGCGAAUUUGAUCACCGAUGAGAAUGACCUGUACACGAUUUCCAUCAUGUUCCGCGUUUUCAGAACAUAUGGUCACAACAUGUCAUCUGAUGUGUUCAAAAGAUUCAUAGAAAAUGAUGAGAAGUUCAAGAGAUAUCUAAUAAAUGAUUUCAAAGGGAUGCUAAGUUUUUAUGAAGCACUACACUUCAGAACAACAACGGAUUAUAUAUUGGAUGAAGCAUUGAACAUUACAUUGAGCCACUUGGAGCCAAUAGCUACAAGUCAAUUAGCAUGUCCAGGACAUAUUUCAAGGCUUAUACAAAAAGCUCUUCACAUACCUCAACACAUGAACAUUGAAACACUGGUUGCAAGGGAGUAUAUUUCAUUUUAUGAACAAGAAGGUAACCACGAUAACACGCUGCUCAAAUUAGCAAAGCUCAAUUUCAAGUUCUUACAGCUUCAUUACUUCCAAGAACUAAAAACAAUCACCCUGUGGUGGAGGGGACUAGAUCAUACAUCAAAAUUACCACCUAAUUUCAGAGAAAGAACCAUUGAGACUUGGUUAGCAGCAUUGAUGAUGUACUUUGAGCCGCAGUUUUCACUUGGGAGAAUUAUGUCGGCUAAGUUAUACUUAGCAAUCACAUUUCUAGAUGAUGCUUGCGAUACAUAUGCUUCUAUUGACGAAGUUAUGAACCUGGUUGAUUGUAUAGAAAGAUGGGACCCUGAUUACAUGGGAAAACUUCAAGGCCACAUGCAGACGGCCUUCAAAUUUGUGAUGAGCGUUUAUAAAGAGUAUGAAGAUAUAUUGAGGUCACAAGGAAGAUUAUUUGUGUUGGACGAAAUGAUAGAAGAGUUCAAGAUAAUCGUGAGGACAAACCUCCAACUUGUCAAAUGGGCACGAGAAGAUUACAUGCCUAGCUUUGAUGAGUAUAUAGAGGCUGGUGGAGCUGAGAUUGGUUCGUAUGCGACCAUAACUUGCUCUGUUAUGGGACUUGGAGAGAUUGGUAAGAAGAGAGAUUUUGAGUGGCUAAGAUCUAGACCAAAGGUUGUCCAAGUUCUAGCCGCAAAGACCCGUCUAAUGGAUGACAUGACCGACUAUGAGGAGGAUAUUGGUAAAUGUUACACUGCAAACGCACUCAACUAUUACAUAAAACAACAUGGAGUUACCAAAGAAGAAGCUAUAAAAGAGUUUGGUAAGAUGAUUAAAGAUAUCAACAAGAUCGUUAACAAGGAGUGCUUGAAGACAACCAACAUCUCUCGUAGAGUUUUUAACCAAAUAAUCAAUUAUGGACGCUCAUUAGACGUUCUCUAUACAUCUGACGAUGUCUACAACCACCGUGAAGGCAUGUUCAAGGAGUAUAUCACCACUUUGCUUGUUGAUCCAAUACAUCUUUAGAGUUUAGACUAGAGAAAUCAUAGCUUAACUUACUUUUUUGGGUUUCGAAUAAAAUGUGUUAGUGAAUUUAUGUUUUAUAAAGAAAAAUUAUUUUGUUAUGAGGACUUCUUCGACAAUCUCCAUCAGGUUCAGAGUUUUACGAGCAUAUGGUUACAACAUGUCCUCAAGUAAACAGAGCAGGUUUUGUGCAUAACCAUAUGCAACAUUGACCAAAAUUUGAAGCUUUGAUAUGGCUCCCAAACUUCUUACAUAAAUUAUUUAGAGCUUCUUAGAGCAUGAUUAACCCUGGUUCUUAAUUUGGAGUUCUUAAUUCAUGAUUUGACACUUUUUGUUUUGUUUUUUCUUUACACCUUUCGGCUAAGAUCCGGCUCUUAUAUCUCUUAUUUAAGAGACGGUUCUUAGCUUUUCUUAGUUAAAAAUUAAGAAAUGGUUCUUAGCCGAAGCUAAGAACCCUACCCUAAGAGCCCGGGUAAAUCAUGGGCUUAAAUCUCGAGACCAGUCGUGAGGUAAAGAAAGUUAUUGAACGUCAUAUGACAGUAGGGGUGGGCGUUCAGGUUCGGUUCGGUUCUAUUCGGGUUUUCAGAGUUAAAAAUUUCAUCGGGUAUUUUUAAAUUUUGAUUUGGGUAAUGUUCGGAUCUUUGCGGGUUCGGUUUGGGUUCGGAUAACCUGAUGAAAUUACUUUUAGAAAUUUAAGAUUCAUAUAUACUUUAAAUUUCUCAAAAUCUAAAAACAAAAAAAAAAUACUAUAUAACAUAAAAAUUUGAAUAAUAUAUGUCAAAAUAUCUAAACUUAGCAUACAAGUUGGUUUAACUUGAAUAUUUGAAUAUUUAAAUAGAGAAUCAAUAGAUAUUUCAUGUAGUUAUGAUGUUUUGAGUAUUGUGUUUAGCUAUUUUAGAUAUUUACUUUUGAUUAUAUGUAUAUGUUUUCAAGUAUUUUGGACAACUAUAAAAAAUCUUAUAUAUUAUGGAUUCUUUUUGGAAAUUAAAUCUGAAAAUAAUUAAUAUAUUUAAGUAUAUUAAUAUAAUUUGGAUAUUUGGAUACCCUAAAUAUAUUGGUCCGGAUCGGAUUCGGUUUCGGUUCUAGAUACCAAAGUUUUGAACCUCUUCGGAUAUUUAACCAAUUUUGGUGAAGGUUUGAUACUAAUUUUUCAGAUCCGAUUCGGUUAGAGUUUUUGGGUUCGGAUUUUUUCCCAGCCCUAUGAUUGAGGUCCUUUCUCAAAACAAAAACACAAGUCAUAUGAUUGCUUUUAAAACAUGUUUUCUCAUUUUUUUUAUUUAAACACUUUAUCUAUGCAUACUAUUAUUUCAGAAGUAAAUUUGUUAAUUUGUCAUAUCCAUAAUUGAAAUAUUGUAACGAUAAUAUCAUAGUUUUUUCUAUCAAAUUUCUCUUUUCAUUAUAGAAUCCCAAUGGCCAUAAACACUAGGGGUGGGCACUUCGGUUAUUUUCUCGGUUCGGUUCGAGUUCGGUUCAGUUUGGUUAGCUCGGUUCUAGUAUUUUCCCAACUGAAAUAAACCAUAGUUAGUUUGGUUCGGUUCAGUUUAUAUUCGGUUCAGUUUGUAUUCGGUUCGGUUUGUUUUUUAGAUUGGUUUAGUUAGGUUCUUCUUAGUUUAAUUUUUAAGAGAAAUUAUGUUUUAAAACAUAAAUAAUGUAAACACAAACUAUGUAAACUAAAUUCAAUAUAAAACUGAAACAAAAACCUUUAAAAAGUCAGAAAAAGUAUAUAAGAAUUAAAACAAAUGAAACUUAACUAAAGUAAAGUAAAAAAAACCAACAUCAUUUUUUUUUAUCAGAAAACCAACAUCAUUAAUAUUAAAAAACCUGCAAUGAAUCAUCUUCCAUGUGAUAUUAUCAAAAAAGCCUGCAACAAAUCAAUAACUAGUAUAUGUCAAUACACAAACUAUACGAGUAUUUAUUUAUAUCUUUACUACUCUAAACCCAUGAUUCCAUUAUAUAGAAUUGACACCACAAAAAAGAUCUAGAUGCAAGAAAAAUAUGCAGGAACUUAGAGGAAAGAAACGCUGUAGAGAAGAACUUUUGUUUUUUAAAAAAUUUGUUUUAGGUUUUAGGUUUAAUAUCCAUGUUUACAUAUACAAUGAAACCUCUAUAAAUUAAUAAUGUUGGAAUUACACCAAAACUAAAAAAAUUUUUAUUGAGUUAUAGAGAUAUUAAUUUAUCGAUAUACUAAAUAAACCCAAGCUGGUGUUGACCAGGUUCUUUCAACGCCACCACACUUCCCUGCUCACUCUCCAAUAGCUACUACUCAGAAGGAUAGCUCUACUGUCUCUCACUCAUCUUUGGAUGCCAAAUCUAUUCCAGCCGCUACAUUAGCAGGUUCAUCAUCUGCUCCCACUUUCCACCAAAUUGUGGACAAUGUUCCAUCAGAUAUUAUCAUCAGUGAGGGUAUUAACCUCUCAGAAAAUGAUCCUUUAACCAUGACCCUUCUUUCAACCGAAUCCAAGCAAGAGCUUGGUGAUAUAGAGAGUGAUUUCUGUAUUACCGAACAAAUGGAUGAAUUUGGAAGUAUGACAAGAAGCGGUAGGUUGGUUAAGCCUACAGAAAAGUAUCAAGGAAAUGAAUGGUUCACAGUUCGUGGAAAAGGGAAACGAGACCGUAGGGGUCAAAGUUCCUAAAUCAAGCGGAGAAGUAUCAUUCUUAUCUUGGUCAAACUAAGGAGUUGUAUUAAUCCUUUGGAUUUAUUAGCUCUUUUAUUUCUUACUUUAUGUAUCCAACUUUUCCAAACUAUGUGAUCUAAUAAUCACAUCUUGUACUGUCUUUUUAAAUAGAAUGUUCUUUUUCAAAAAAAAAAUAUAUUAUUUUAUAGAGAUUUUUAGUGUAUAUUAAUUUAUAGAGUAUUAAUUUAAAGAGGUUAUACUGUAUAUGAAUAUAAGAAUACAAACUUUUCUAUUUUUAAAAAAAUCAAAUAUUUUGAUGAUUACAUAUUAGGUUAAAAGUAUGUUAAUGAAUAAAAAAUGGAAAAUAUGUGAUUUACUAUUAGAAUUUUAGUAUAUAUUUAGUUUAAAUAAUUACAAAAACACAUAGGUUUUUCGGUCGGUUCGGUUUAAAACCGAAUCGAACCGUUCGGGCUAGAAAAAUCUUCAACCGAAUGAUUUGAAAUAGAAUUUUGGUUCGGUUUGAAUCGGUUUCGGUUCGGCUGGUUCGGUUUGACUCGGUUCGGUUCGUUUGUUUUCCCGCCCCUAAUAAAUACAAACAGAUCCAACUAAUUACAUUUUUAAUUAAGCCCAAAAGAAACCCAUCAACAAAAGAUUAGGUUUAGUGCAUGAGAGACGCGUUGCUUGUCGUCGUGGCUUCUUCUCUGCGGAACCAAGGAAAGAGAAAGUGGUGCUGGAAACCUUGCCGGAAAACUCAUCAAACUCUGCCUCCAAUUCAGUUGAAAUCUGCUUGCAUGCUCUUUAAUCGCCACGGAACAUAAGGUCUUCAUCUCAAAACGCCAGAAGUUAAUUCCAGAGAAAAGCUUCAGAGAAACAAGAACAGGACCUUGUUGACAGAUAAAGCAGCUCCAAUUCUUCUGCCUCCAAUACUGAAUCAACUUAGAAACAGAGAUAAAUAAACAUCUUGAAGAUCUAAUCUGUUUUUCAAUUGAAUAGACAACAAAAUCACAGAAGUGAAACACUAUAAAAUUCGUCGAGAUGAAGAAGAGAUUCGGAAAGAAAACAAGUCGAUCACUUGGAUCGAAUAUUUUACAGAAACAAAAACAAGAGUCUCAUCUGGUAGUGAGCGAACGGAGAAGAGGAGAGAGAACUCUCAUGACUUGAUGAAUAAGUACGAUAAUAUCAUAGUUAAAUUUAUAUUAUAUUUACUUUACUAAUACAAAAAUAUUAUAUAUAUAUAUGUGUGUGUUUAUAUUAAAUUUGAUUUAGUAAUAUUAAACCGAUAUUAUUGUAAUAUCUCUAUAAUAUUAUUUGAGAAGUCAGUUUCUUAUGUGUCGUGGCCAUGUUAACUCUCACGGUAAUUGAUUAUGAUAAUACUUUUAAUGAAUCAAAUAUAUCUAAUUAUCAUUAUUCAAUAUUUAUUUUAUGUUAUUUUUCCUUUUUAUAUUUAGAUUUCUUUUUUUUUUCAAAUAACCUAUAUAAUAAGUUUUUUUUAUAAAUUUUAAAAACAAAAAUAUAUUUUAUAUAUAGAGUAAUUAAUAGUAAGGAAAGUUCACAAAAUAAUCAUUGAUUUUGAGUAAAAAUAAUAUUCCCUUUUAAAAAAUAAUCUUAAACAACAUCCUUUAUAUACUAAAGCACAAGUCAUAUGACGAAUCAAAAUGUGACACUUGGCAAAAAAAAAUUAACUAAAAAAAUCUUUUCCAAAUUUGAUGAAUUUCCAAAUAACUAAAUCUCUAAAAUCCCUUAUAUACUAAAGCGCAAGUCACCUGGCGAAUCAAAACCAGACAUGUGGCAAUCAUUUUGCAAAAAAAAAUUUUGAUUUUUUUCUGUCAUCUCCCUUUCUUCUAGGGUCAAAAUAUGUCUCAACCAACUUCCUUAUUUUUUUCAAAAUAAUUUAGGAUGAAACUUCAGCAGAUCCUAAAUCAUACUUUAACGUAAAAAAAAUUUGGUUGAGAUUUCAGCAGAUCCCUAAUUUUAACUUAAAAUUUUCAGCGGAUCCUAAAUUAAUGCAACACUAGAAUUAUUUACGUUAGUUUAUAUAUCUGAUAUAUUUUCUUCAUCUCCUAAAUGCAACACUAAUUUUAUUUUCUUCUUUUUGGUAUUUCUCACACGAUACCAUGAUCUCCUCACGUUCUUAAAACAGUUAAUUUUUUAUACAAGAGAGAUGACUCAACGACGCUAUAAAAUUCAUCUCUACUCCAUUUUUCUAAAUUAUUUGAAAUGGUUCCACUGAUUCUAUCUUUCUGAAAAUCUGAUGAGAUUUCAGUUUUAACAUAGAUUGAUAAUUCUGAGUUCUAACGAUCGUAUAAACACUCUCGAGUCUACAAUUCUAAAUCUUGGUAAACAGUUGCAUGACAAUAGUCUCUGGGAGAUUUUUUUUUCACUGUAGAAGAAAAAGAAAACGAAAUUUCUGCAGCAAAGCUUCCUACGAAGUUGACAAAUAAAAAAUAAAUUUCUGGUCAGUAAGACUCAAAACACUCCGCUUUUUAUGACUCAAAUGUCUAACUCUUCUCCUCUCAUUUAACAUUUUACCAAAUGUUUUCAGGGCCUCAAAUGCGUUCAAGUUCAUCCACAGAAACGGUUUUCAACUAUUAAAGGUGUGUAUUUCUAUGCUUUUCAAAAUUAUAAUCAAUGGUCCUCAUAAAAUUACAGUGUCUUAUGAAUUAAGGUUCAUUGCAUCAGAGGCCAAGACCAAAUUGCAAGUUUAUUUGGUCAAUGAUGAGGAGAUACAACCAUACAAGGUAUCUACGUUUUCUUCGUUCUCUUUUUCUUUUCUCAAAUGCUUUAAGAUAUUUUUGAAUUUUUUUCUUUUAUAGAUAUUUUAUUUUCCUUUGUUUCCUUUAAACCAAUUUAUCUUCCUUUGUUGUUUUGAAAAGGGUAGACUACGCAAUGCCUGCAAUGCCUAUCACAAUCACAAUAACACUAAAGACCAUCACAAGGCACCUAUUAUGUACUUUUCUGCAGUAAAAAGUAUUAUGUUUCGGGUGUUAAAAAAAGGUAUUAUAUUUCGAAAAUGGACUAACUUGGUUUUCAAUUUGCUGAACAUGAUUUUUUGUUUGUUUUACUAAAGCGCAAGUCACCUGGCGAAUCAAAACCAGACAUGUGGCAAUCAUUUUGCAAAAAAAAAUUUUGAUUUUUUUCUGUCAUCUCCCUUUCUUCUAGGGUCAAAAUAUGUCUCAACCAACUUCCUUAUUUUUUUCAAAAUAAUUUAGGAUGAAACUUCAGCAGAUCCUAAAUCAUACUUUAACGUAAAAAAAUUUGGUUGAGAUUUCAGCAGAUCCCUAAUUUUAACUUAAAAUUUUCAGCGGAUCCUAAAUUAAUGCAACACUAGAAUUAUUUACGUUAGUUUAUAUAUCUGAUAUAUUUUCUUCAUCUCCUAAAUGCAACACUAAUUUUAUUUUCUUCUUUUUGGUAUUUCUCACACGAUACCAUGAUCUCCUCACGUUCUUAAAACAGUUAAUUUUUUAUACAAGAGAGAUGACUCAACGACGCUAUAAAAUUCAUCUCUACUCCAUUUUUCUAAAUUAUUUGAAAUGGUUCCACUGAUUCUAUCUUUCUGAAAAUCUGAUGAGAUUUCAGUUUUAACAUAGAUUGAUAAUUCUGAGUUCUAACGAUCGUAUAAACACUCUCGAGUCUACAAUUCUAAAUCUUGGUAAACAGUUGCAUGACAAUAGUCUCUGGGAGAUUUUUUUUUCACUGUAGAAGAAAAAGAAAACGAAAUUUCUGCAGCAAAGCUUCCUACGAAGUUGACAAAUAAAAAAUAAAUUUCUGGUCAGUAAGACUCAAAACACUCCGCUUUUUAUGACUCAAAUGUCUAACUCUUCUCCUCUCAUUUAACAUUUUACCAAAUGUUUUCAGGGCCUCAAAUGCGUUCAAGUUCAUCCACAGAAACGGUUUUCAACUAUUAAAGGUGUGUAUUUCUAUGCUUUUCAAAAUUAUAAUCAAUGGUCCUCAUAAAAUUACAGUGUCUUAUGAAUUAAGGUUCAUUGCAUCAGAGGCCAAGACCAAAUUGCAAGUUUAUUUGGUCAAUGAUGAGGAGAUACAACCAUACAAGGUAUCUACGUUUUCUUCGUUCUCUUUUUCUUUUCUCAAAUGCUUUAAGAUAUUUUUGAAUUUUUUUCUUUUAUAGAUAUUUUAUUUUCCUUUGUUUCCU